UAAGUAAAGGGAGCAGACCCAUCCGAAAUUCUACCAGCACCACCUGGUACCCUGGGAGAGCAAAGGAAGAUGUCACCUGAGUGCCAGCAGCUAGCACCCUGCAACCGACUCCUGACCAGUCUCCUUCCUCCCUCCAGACACCUGACCAGCCACCUCUUCUGCACCAGCCCUUCCCCACCAUGACUGUUGUGCCCUCAAACCGUGAACCAAAUAAGCCUUACAUUGACUUUGUCAAGAAUUUUUGUCACAGCAGCAAGCAAGGAACUAAUACUCUCUUUUGUUGAGGAUGGCCUUGAACUCCUGCCCCUUCUCCUUCACCUCCUGGGAGCUGGGAUUACAGGUGUGCACCAUCAUGCCCAGUUUAUGCUGUGAUGGGGAUCGAAUCUCCAGCCUUGUAGGUAAAUACUACCAAUUGACUUGCAUCACCCUCUACAGGUAGCCUUAGAUCUAAGCCCAUCUGGGUCCAAACUCUGUCGUCAUUACCACACCACACUGGGUAUUCACUGAUGACUUUAUUUGAUGGAGUCCUCUCAGCCUGAGGUGGAGACAGUCACCCCAUUUUACAGCAGAGGAAAACCAAGGCCAGAAGAGAAGGGAGUUCUGUGCCCACAGUCUCUUGUCUAGUCAGCGAGGGAGUCCAGAACCAGGCCCUGGACCUCUUGACCAUCCCUGGCCAUGUCCAGAGCAUUUCCUGUCUUCCACUGUGCCUUCCUUCUAUCCCCUCUGUGACCCUCGGUGUGACUCUGCACAAGUGAUGGUCUGCCUUUCUUCCCGAGCCUCCAUCCGCACGGUGUACCCAUCCCACCUCAGAGCCCAGCAGGAGGGGCUCCUGCAACCCAAGAGGCUGUGGAGAAAAGGAGGUGGCUUGCCAAAGCAAGAGCGCAGGUUUACAUGAGGCUUCGGUCCCCGGACAAAUGCUGCUCUGUACCUUGAGGCCUAUUGUGACUGGCAGCCGUCCAGCGCUCACCGCGGGCAGCUUCAGCCACUGGGAUUGGUCUCUCUGCUGUCCUCCCUGCAACCCAGCCCUGCCAGGUCCUGACUUGGGCAGGAAACAGGGGGUGUGCUCUUUCUGGAAUGGAGGCUGUGGGAGGCAAGCCAGCUUGGGGAGGGUGAGGGGCCACGUCUUGAACCACUCAGGAAGCCCGACGUCUUCAGGUAGUAAGCGGCUGAGAGGAAGGUCACUGGGUCCCGGCUGGCCAUCCCACGGGACAGAAAACUGCACUUUAGACAAAGCAAGUGACUUUCGAACAGUCCCACAGCACAACAAAGGAACAGAGAUGUCAUUGAGAGCUGUUGACGCGGGCAUGAAGCAAGAUCGGCUCUGGGAUUGCUCACUGUUCUUCUUGAAGGCAGAGUGACUGGCCAGCGGCACCUGGAACCCAGCACCCAGGAGGGGAACCCAGCCAGACCUGAGGAGGAGCCUGUGUCCUGUGUCCUUGGGAGGCUGCUCACUGGAGGGUCGAGAUGACCACAGCCACCACUUUGGGGGACGCUGUCUUCUCGCUGAACAUGACCAGGGGAGAGGACGCCCUGUAUAAGAGUUCUGGAGCCAUUGUGGCUGUCAUCGUUGUGGUUGUCAUCAUCAUUGUCACCUUGGUGCUGAUCCUGCUGAAGAUGUACAACAGGAGAAUGAGGACCAGGCGGGAGCUGGAGCCCAAGAGCCCAAAGCCACCUGUCCCUCCCGCUCUGGACCCCGACAGCAGUGGCAGCCGGCAGCCUGCUACUGUGACCUUUGACCCUGCCAGUGUCCAUGUAGAGACUCGGUGACCCUGCCUUGGUGCCAUCCCUGCCUCUGCAAAGAGCUUUUAUGACCGGAAAGUCCACUCUGCUGGCAGCUUCAACGAAUUCUUUCUGGUUGGGUAAACUGAGGCACCUUUCAUACAGCCCCUGCAGCUUGAAGCCGUCCUCACCUGUGUUCUGGCCACCCCAGCUAUGUCCGUGUCCCUGCCGCCACUCAACCAAAGCUCCGAGGACAUUCUUUUGUUACCUGACAAGAAGCUCUGUGCUGGGAGACUGAUGUGAGUCUGGUUCUCCCUCACAAGUGCUACAGCUAGACAGACAGACAGACAGACGGGCAUCUAAGUCUUCUGCUCAGGGUCAGGGAGCGUUAAUGAGAGUGUCACCCAGGGAGCCACUGGGAGCAUCUCAGCUUAAGGGCGUGUCCACAACUUCCUCAAUCCCAUAACCAGAUGCAGGGAAACUAACUUGGGCUAACUAACCACAAAACCAACUUGGUAACGUCUAACUGAUCCAGUACUAAAUGGCUGCUAGCCAGCUCCUGAUGGCUAGUCAGCGUUCUCCCCCUUUAACAAAGGGUACAAGAGGCUGGAUGUGGUGGCAUGUGCCUGCCAUCGAAGCACGAAGUAAAAGCAGGAACACUGUAAUUGCAAGGCCAGCUUUGGCCACAUACAGAGAUGCUUCUCCUUUAAAAAAAAAAAAAAUACAGAAUAGACAGUAUUCUUCAAAACUUCUACUUCAGAAGUAAGAGGUAUCCUGAGGAGCAGAGGCUAGCUCUUAGGAUGAGGAACAGAAGCUAGCUCAAGGAUGAGGAUUGUUGUAUUGCCCAUGGACCUGGGCUGGGCUGUGUGGUAGCUGCUCAGGACUCUUUGUGCUGCCCCAGGUGGACUACCCUGACCCCUCAUUUUCUGCUCCCUUUUAUUUGGAUGCUAAGCUUCCCUGGCAGUCCUCUUACCUCUGGGGACAAGUAUUUUGAACCCAUUAAAUCUUGUAUUUCCUGCA